GUAACUUCUGCAACAAUAAAAUAAAUAGCAAAAAUCUAAAAUAAUUCAACAGAAAUUCAAAUACUGUUUGUAUCACGGCUCCCUGCUUCAAUAGAUAAUUUCAUAAUGUCGACCGAUUUAGAUGCAAGUUUCGUUGAACAAUACAUAAACAUUAACACAAAACUCAAAAAGCGAUUCAUGCGAAAACCAAACAUAACAGAAGCCACAAACGAGUUUAAUGCCUUAGCAAUCCAGUGUGAGCAUUCUGAGCAGCCAGGCUUCGCGGGCCACUGCUACGUGGGAGCGGCCAAGUGCGAGAGCUCAGCAGGCAACACCCUGGGAGAGGCUGAGUACUACUUGACUGCUGCUCGGCAGUUCAUGAAGGCGGAGAUGAAACUCAGUUCUCUCAAGUGCUAUAGUCCUACUCGAGAGAAUCUGGAGGCCGCAAUAGGUGCCUACAUCCAAGCCAUGAACAAAUACCCGGAGAAGUCUCCUCUCCGCACAUCCAUUCUGCUGGAGCUUGCCAACAGCCUGGUGUUGCUCGGAAGCCUCCUGGAGGCGCUGGCGUACUACCAGCAGGCACUGGAGACCAUGGAUGAGGGGAACCUCAUGAGGGUCAAGUGUUUGAGCAAUAUACUCAGAUUGAAUAUACAGAAGGGGAGAUAUGAUAUGGCGCUUGAAACAGCAGACACAAUUUGUGAUUCCAAGUUGAAUAUACCUGAACACACUUUGACUGAAAUACAAAUAACCAGAAUAUUACUGGGAGUGCUGGAAGAACACGCUGAGCGGAAGCCCUCCCUACAGAAACUAUUCAAUGACCUCCUCAAUGAUAAUGCAGUGCCAUUCAACUGCGACCUGAAGCUGAAACUGCAGUCGAUCGUGAUGUGCGGGCUCGCGCGCGACGUGGAGGCUCUCACAGCGGUCUCGGCAGACGUUGGUGGGUUCCUGACGCUGCAGCAGCGGGAUCUACUCAAUGCUAUUAUAAGGAAGAUGGAGAGAAAUCAGUAGAUUGAUGAUGAUGAUGAAUGAAUGGAUGGAUGAUGUUGAAUAUGUGAAAUAUUGUUGACAUGGUUAUGAAGAGUGCUUAUUUAUAUUUUGUAAAUAUAAGUAUUUAUGUUAUGUACAAGUAUAGUAAAGUGAUGUAUGGUGUAUAAAAUGUAUAAAUGAUAAUGG